AUGGGCCUCUUUAACCUCUUCAAGUCCUCCUCCACCCAACAACAAGAACAACAGCCCCAGCAAACAACCUGGGACCCGAACACCCUGACCAUGCAGCAGCCCUCGUGCCCUGCCGCGCCCAGCACCGAGGGAGUCGUGACCGAGCAACCUAACUCGGAACAGAACAUGAAGCUGCGCGGCGGUGGAGGCGGUGAUGUUUGCUGUGGAGUCUGCGCCGGUCUUUGCUGCUUCGAAUGUUGCGAGGAGUGCUGUUAA